GAAUCCGCAACAACGAUGGCGGCGCCCAAAAGCCGAUCAUGCCUCCAGCAUCUUUUACAUCUUGCCCAAGAUAAUCUGGACUUCAGGCUGCCGGAGAUUAAGGCCCUGUUGGCUAUCAGAGGAAAACUGUUCCAACCUGGUGAAAACUUCAAAGAAAAGUCUCCUUUCUGGUGUUUAGAUGGUUUGUCUGAGGAGGAUGUCCACGGCAUCAUGUCAAGAUCCGUUUGUGCAAAGUCUGCCUUUGAAUUAUGGGGCUGUGGAAAAACACACAGUGAACUCAGAACAUCCCUCUUGAGCUACCCAUCAGAGAACAUGUCACCUUACAUGCACAAAGACUCCACGUACAGAAUCAACGUCUACACUUUCAACAAGACUCUGGAGUUUUCAGACAGAAUCAAAAGGAUUGAUGCUUUGGAGUAUCUUCCUUUUGAGGGAGCAGUGAGCCUAAAAAGCCCCCAGCACAUCUUCUGUUUGCUGGAGGAUUACGGCACAGACCCCAACAACAUCCCCGAGCAUCCAAACUACAUCUACUUUGGCCGAUGGAUAGCGGACGGUCAGCGUGAACUGAUUCGCUCCCACAGUGUGAAGAACAGACACUUCAUUGGAAACACCAGUAUGGAUGCUGGCCUCUCAUUCAUCAUGGCCAACCAUGCUAAGGUCAAAGAGAAUGACUUUGUGUUUGACCCAUUUGUUGGCACAGGGAGCUUGUUGGUUGCAUGUUCUCAUUUUGGAGCCUAUGUCUGCGGAACAGAUAUUGAUUAUAACACUAUUCAUGGCAAAGGUCGGUCGAGCCGUAAAAACCAGAAGUGGCGAGGACCUGAUGAGAAUAUCAGAGCCAACCUGCGGCAGUAUGGAACAGAGAGGAUGUAUUUGGAUGUAAUGGUGUGUGAUGCAUCCAAGUCUGUGUGGAGGGAAGCUGCUCUGUUUGAUGCCAUCAUCACUGACCCUCCAUACGGCAUCCGCGAGUCCACAAGGCGCACAGGCUCCCACAAAUCCAACACUAAACCCCCUGACGGCACCUAUGUAGAGUCUCACGUCCCUGUCUCACAGGCGUACCACCUAAGUGACAUCUUCACAGACCUGUUAAACUUCUCUGCCCACCACCUGGUCAUGGGUGGGAGGCUCGUGUAUUGGCUGCCUGUCUACAGGCCAGAAUACUGUGAGGAGAUGGUUCCUCUUAAUCCAUGUCUCCGGCUCAUCAGUAACUGUGAGCAGACACUCUCCAGCCACACUUCACGUCGCCUGAUCACCAUGGAGAAGAUCAAGGAGCCAGAGGAGUUAGACAGCCUGGCUCAUCUUGCAGACCCACGCUUCAGUCCUUACCAGGGACACAACGCCUUCAGAGAGAAGUAUUUCAGCGGACUUAACAAGAGGUGUGGUAAGGCGGACAACAAAUCUGAUUUAAAUGGAGUGUAAACAAAUCAGUGCCUCAAGAUGAAGGUCAGAAGAAAACUCUAUUGAAAAGAGAAAACAACCGCACGUAAGAAUCGGGACAUGGUUGGCAGUGGAUUCAAGAGAGGGAAAAAACUCUUAUAUAACUCUUUUAUAUAUAUAUAUAUAUAUAUAUAUAUAUAUAUAUAUGUAUGUAUAUAUAUGUAUAUAUAUGUAUAUAUGUAUAUAUAUACUUUUUUCUUUUUAAA